AUGCCCCAUGCUACCCAGAAUUCGGCCUCCGAGGCCCCGCCGGAUGACGCAUUCGAAAAUGUGAUGCGACAGUUGAACAACUACGAAGACGGUGGCCCGCAGUUCGAUUUCUUGUCGCGUGACUUAGAAGUGGGAGAGAAGGCAGACGAUGCGGUCGACUACGAAGAUUUCGAUGACGACGAACUCCCGGAAGAAGAAGCUGCUCCCAUCUCGACGCCGAGGAUCCUUUCGCAAACCUUCAAGACGAUGACGACGCUGGACUCUUUGGGGAUGGGAGGAGACUUUGGAGACGCCGAUAUCUUUGGUGAUCAUGGCGAGGGAGUACAGACUCAGGAAGAUAACCUAGAUGAUCUUUUCGGCGAAGGCGCUGCGUCUCCUGCUGGUCAGGCUGAUGAGAUGCAUGGUCUUUUCGAAGAUGAGGAACCUUCAUUGACAGAUCAGCCGGUUGAGCUACCGCCCAUUCCUCCGGGCCCAGAGCCUCUAGCAGAACAGAUGGUUCUCGACGACAGCGAGAUCUUGGAUGAUGCCAGUGUCAAGUCCGAGGAGAUGGAUCCUGCAACCCUCCGUGCUUGGAAGCUCCAGCAGCAGUUGUUCGCGAUGUCAUCGAUUGCUGGACCCGACACUCUACCCGCGCCGCCAGAAAACCACGAGGAGCUUCUCCAUUCUCUGUUUCCCAGUUUCGACCGUGACACGCUACCGCGUUGGUUAGAGCUUAUCCCACAGAAGAGGGCCUAUUUCCUCGGAAAGCAACCCCUCAAAGUUCCGAAACCAGUCCUACCUACAAAAGUCAAUAUCGAAUUGGCUCCUGAUCAGGAACGCGUCUUCAGGACUGGCCAGCCGAACAAGCGUGGUCUGGACCAUGAGUCUUUUGGUGUCGUCGUGAUCACCGAGACCACCCAGCAAGAAGAAGAGGAACAGGAAGCGAAGGAAGAUUUCGAAAUGGGCGGUGCCGAUACUGAAGAUGUACUUCCAGGUGGCUUUACCAUGCAAGACCUUCGUACCAUCUGCGCAGACUGGGAUGUCAAGGAUGAGGAUCCCUCCACUGAGAAGGAACAAAAGUCAUCUGCACCGACCGAGUCUGCACCCUUUGAGGACGACCAAGAUUGGAUGUUUGAUGAGGAUCACCCAUCCAAGAAGCGCAAGACUGGCCCAUCUCCCAUGGACGUCAUUGGGCUAGCCCAUCUGGAUAUACCGCUACUAGAUGACCCCGAGCAAGCGAUCACGCAAAUAGCCAAGAAGGUUACGAUCGAUAUGAACGACCCUCAUCUUCUUGUCGAGGAGCUACGACCUGACGCAACUGUUCACAAGCCAAGACAGAAUCUUCUUCGCUCCAGAGAAGACAUGGACGUGAAUGUUACUCGCCGACUCACACAGCGAUACAACAUUUCAAACGAUACGGCAUACGACAUGCUAAAGCAGAACCAUCAGAAUAAGAUUCGAUCGACUCUUGGCAAUGUCACCCUCGAGCACGCUUUGCCAGCUUUACGAUUGCAGUGGCCAUACUACAAGACAGAACUAGGAAAGACUGAGGCUAGAUCUUUUCACCGUCCGGCCAUGGCGUUCCGUGUUGGACAAACGUCUUGGUUCAAGAAUUCUGCGCAUAUUAAGCGCAAGCAUCAAAAGGGCAAAGAUGCCAAGGCCCUAUAUGAGAACACAAAAUCCCUGUCCAUGGCCGACAACUCGAAUGUGUUGCUCGUUGAAUACUCCGAGGAAGCGCCUUUCGUUCUCUCAAACUUUGGCAUGUGCAAUCGUUUUAUCAACUACUACCGACGAAAGAAUCCCGAUGAUCCAACCCGCCCGAAGGCAGAGAUUGGAGAAACAGCCGUCCUGCUUCCCCAGGACAAGAGUCCAUUCUCUAUUUUUGGUCAUGUGGACCCUGGCGAGAUCACCCCGGCAAUAUCCAACUCCAUGUACAGAGCGCCCCUGUUCCCCCACCAAGCCAAAGGAAACGAUUUCCUUGUCAUUCGUAACAGCACUGGUUCUGGGGGUAGCAAUUAUUACAUACGCAACAUUGAAAACUUCUAUGUUGCUGGACAGCAGUUCCCAUCCGUCGACAUCCCCGGUCCCCAUUCGCGCAAAGUCACUACCGUUGCGAAGAAUCGGAUGAAGAUGCUUGUGUACCGGCUGCUCAAGAAGAGUGCUGAUGAAAGGCUCGCUAUCAGUGACGUUACUGCCCACAUCCCCGGUACCACUGAUAUGCAGAAUCGACAAAAAGUCAAGGAUUUCCUCCAACAUGACAAGGAUACCAAGUAUUGGAAACCUUUGGAUCCUGUCCUCCCAGAUCAAGACACUAUUCGCUCUUGGGUCCAACCUGAAGAUGUCUGCUUGUUAGAAUCGAUGCAAGUUGGUCAACAACAUCUCCACGACACUGGAUUUGGAAAUGAUGCCGAGACCGGCGGGGACAAUGAAGAGGAUGAGGAAAGCGAGAGCUUUGAACAGCAGAUGGCUCCUUGGAAGGCCACCCGCAACUUCCUGCUAGCAUCACAGGGCAAGGCCAUGCUGAAGCUUCACGGUGAAGGCGAUCCUACCGGCCGUGGCGAAGGUUUCAGUUUCAUCAAGACAUCCAUGAAGGGUGGAUUCAAGGCCAUCGGCGAGAGUGUGGAAGACAAGCUGGAUGCCCAGCGUCUCAAGGAACUCGGCGGCCACAGCUACAAUGUUGCCCGCCAACAGAAGUCAUACGAGACAUCUAUCCGCCGAAUUUGGGAUGCGCAGAAGGCUAGUCUUUCAUCCACCGUCGAGCACUCCGACCAGGAGAGCGACAUCGACCAGGGCGAGGAAGAAGAAUUCAACAAGCCCACCCCACGAUCCGAAGCACCUACCCCGGCACCCAAUAGACGCGGCGACGACGAAACAACCAGUCAGUACAGCCGCAUGAGUUUCGCCAGUCAAAAAGGCAAGGUCUUGCGCAUUACUCGUCAGUUCAAGGCUCCAAAUGGAGAAAUUCUGCAGAAAGAACAGCUUGUCUGGGACCCCCGCGUUAUCAGACACUACAUGCAGCAUCGCCACCGCACGGAAGCCCUCACUACCAAGCUGGAAUCUCUCCAACCAACCGGUGAUCCCGAAGUGGACGCUCGCAACCGUAAGCUCAUCGAAGCCGAGCUCAGCCGCCUGAAUCGCAACAAAGAGCGUCGAUUCGCUCGCGAGAAGCAGAAGGGUAUUACUCGCCCUGGCGAUUCUCCUGCUGAUGGCAAACCGGCUGGUACUCAGCGCAAGUGCGCCAACUGUGGCCAAGUUGGACACAUCAAGACGAAUAAGAAGCUUUGUCCCUUGCUCAAUGGUACGAUGAAACCUGAAGAUCGCGUGACGGAUUCGGCUUUCUCGAUGAGUGCACCUGUACUCUGA